AUGGACACAGGUGUCCUCUUGCAAGAGCUGGUGAAUGGACUGAAGCCGGUCCAAAUUCACAAGAUGGCCCGCCACAACAAAGCCGUCAAGUACCGCGACCAGCUAUACCUGGUUCACCUUGAGAAGAACUCAACAACUUUGAUGGACCUCCAGGGCAUCCGCGUCCUGUUCAACAUAGUGUUGAAGUGUGAGCGUUACAAGCCGGUCAGCCGUAGAGUCACCCAAUGCUCGAACUGCCUACUGUUCGGGCAUGGAACGAAGAAUUGCCAUAUGGUCAGCCGCUGCAUCAAGGCUGCUCACAAAGUUACAAGCAAGGCCUGCCCGAAGCGCUUCGAGUACAUCGAGAUCCGGAAGAAAGCAUCGACGAGAAACCAGCCCGGCCGCAAGAAGGUGCCGGAAAUGAAUGAUCAGAACUUCCCACCGGUUCCACGACGACCGAUCACAGUGCUGUCACCGCUGCCACUCAAUCAACGAUUGGCUGCUGCUCGUUCCACUGCUACUGCCACUCAAGCUCAAACUUCCGGAGCCCCUGCAAACUCAGGUCAACAGACGACUGCUGCUCCACAGCCGCAGGAUCUCCCCACAGCCCUGGGCUAA